AUGACGACCGACAACCUCACCUUCUCGCUGGCCGACCUGGGCCUCUUCACCGGCAAGCGGCAGUACGACGCCUUCAGCCGGCUGAACGAGCUGGCGAAGGUCAGCACGCUGCAGCCGUCGUCCAAGCCCUUCACCUUCCCGCGGGGCGAGCAGAUCACCCUGCCAGAGACGUACGAUGUGGAGGGGGAGUCGCGCUCCUCACAGAAGCUGUUCGACGAGACGGACACGGGCGCGCUCUUCGUGCUCCACGACGGCAAGGUCGUGCUGGAGAAGUAUGCUUUGACGGGCGGGCCCGACGUCGCGUGGCUCUCGAUGAGCGUUGCGAAGAGCUUCACGUCCACGCUGGUGGGCAUCGCGCAAGCCGAGGGGCACAUCAAGGACCUGGACGCGCCGAUCAGCGACUACGUCAAGGUCGACUCUGGGUCGGCUUACGACGGCGUGUCGAUCCGUACCGUGCUGCGCAUGAGCUCUGGCGCCCGCUGGAACGAGGACUACUCGAACCCCGAGAGCGACAUUAUGCGCUUUGCGCGCGCGGCGUCGGGUGUCGAUGGCGGCAGUCUGGACGGGUUCGUUGCGUCCAUGGUGCGCGAGAGCCCGCCCGACACUGUGUGUCGGUACAACUCUGCCGAGACGCAGGUGCUUGGCGCGCUGGUCAAGGCUGCCACCGGGCGCAGCGUCACAGACUACAUGCAAGAGAAGCUGUGCGAGCCGCUCGGGUUCCAGCACAAGGGCUACUGGAUCCUCGACCCCAAGGACGUCGAGCACACGUACGGCGGGCUGAACCUCGCCGCGUGCGACUUUGCCAAGAUCGGCGAGCUGUUCCGCAACGGCGGCAAGUGGGGGGAGCGCCAGAUCGUGCCGGAGCAGUGGGUGCGCGAGGCGACGACGGUCGACGGGCCCCUCCGCGCGCCAGGCAAGCCGAUCGUCGGCGGCCAUGCACUGCCGCUCGGGUACGGAUACCAGUGGUGGGUGCCCGCCGGCGACGAGGGCGAGUUCUGCGGCAUCGGCGUGUACAACCAGUUCGUGUAUGUCAACCCCGCGCGCGGGGUCACGGUCGUCAAGAGCUCGGCCAACCCGCGCUACGGGCUCAGCGAGACCGAGGAGGAUAACAAGGACAUGGAGAACUUGCAGUUUAUUCGCGAGAUCGCGGCGCAGUUUGCUAAGAAGUAG